AUGAGUCAUAUCAACAACUUCAAUGAAAACGGCUAUGCAACGAACUCUUACUUGAACUUUUUUGAAGAUGCCGGGAAAACGCAACAGAUUUUUUCCAAAUCCCAACCAGAUUUUGAGAAAACGGUUUACAACGAUCUAGGAAAUGAUAAAAGAAACACACUCGAUGUAAAGGAAUUCACAACGAAUCACCUUGGUGACGAUUUUGGAUCAAUGGGACAAGAAGAAAUAAUGACAGGUCUUCAGAAAGAAAAAUGCUUAAGCUCGAAUAGGCUUAGUGACGAGACCAACCUAGAGGAAACGAAACGCCAACAUUCUAAAACGAAUGAAGAAUAUUUUGAUAUCUACUUGCUAGAAGGGAAGGCUGGAUACCAAGAAGAAGCAGUCAUCGGCAACAUGGAAACUAAGAGAAGCAAGAAAAUGAAGUCUGCAGGGACUGGCAAAAUAGGUCCAGUUCAUUCAGGAAAGAAAGCCAAGUUAAACGAAGUUUCCCGUCGUCAACAUGAUCCAAAACAUUUGGCAACUAGCAAAAAAGAUUUCGUCGAUAAUGAUGGCAAGUCUUCGAGUCCUUCGUUUAGUGAUUUUUCUAACGAUACUCGCUUUGGAGUCGGUGAUAAAGAUCAAAAUGAAGAAGAUAUGUUGUUUUCGAAGCUCAAAUCCAUUGGAAAACUUUCAUUGACUGAAACAGAUGACAGUUUUCCAUCAUUGAUUACUCAUUGCAAGAAUAUCAAGUGUGAGGUGAAUAUACUGCAUGUACCCGAGUUACACUUUGACGAGGUUGCAGAUACCGAAUCUCCUAUCAAUAAAAAUCAAGUGAAUGACUUAGAAGAGAAUAAAACAAGAAAGAUCGAUGGGCAUAGACUGUCGAUACCCAAAGAGGCCCACAAAUCUGAAACUGGAAGGUUUAAAGGGAAAGCCAUGAAAGCCAUAUCUAAAAAAGAUAUUGAUAAAGGUAGUUUUAAUCAAUGGAAAACUCAAAAUAAAUCAGAAUCGCAAGUCAAGGGAAAUGAAAGUCAAAACAUACUUGGUAAGAGAAGUGCAACUGGGAAAAGAGGGCUUCGAAAUUCCGAAGAAACGACUCAUGUAACUGAGAGUAAAAAAGAUGAGGAAGACUAUUUACUACCCAGCGUCGUGGAUGACCUAGACACACUUCGUGACGAUGCUGUGAAGUCACCAAGUUAUAAUUUUCCCAGUUUGUCUAAUGAAUCCUCCUCUAGUGAAUUUUCAUUUAGGGCGAAUAGUACAGAACCACCUGGCGAACGUGUCAACACGUUUCAAGAAUUUGAGCGCCAAAAUCUUGCAGAGCGGAAAGACGUUAAGAAACAAUUUCGCCUUAAAAUUGCAGAAGCCAAGAAGAUUUUGUUUGAAGCGAGACUUACUGCUCAAGAACAAACAGCGACAAAACGAUUCAACGAAGCUCUGAAAAAACACACAGAAAUAAAAGUAAAGAGAGCUUUCAUGAAGGCGGAGUCAUCGUCCAAGUUCGCGACACCCACCCUAGCGGACGCGGCGAGUUCUUCAUCAGCUCUGCCCAUCAGAAAAACGUUUAAAGAUGUUUCGAUAUCUGAUUUGAGUGCAGAAGCUAGUUCUAUUCAAGAGAUACGAAAAGCUGAGGCAGAUUUCGAUCGAGCAAAAGUUAAGCAAAUUCAAACUAAGAUGACACUGCAAAAGAAGAACUUGUCAAAGACAACAGAUCCUCAGCCAUCAAAGAAACUCAACUCUGUAAAGAAAAAAGACAGGGAAAGAUUGGAGCGAUAUGAAGUUGACAAAAUGAUCUCUGAGCUGAGAAGCCUUAAUAUGAUGGAGUACGCAGAUAAACUAUCCCAGGCAAUAGCAAGUAAAGAUGAAUACGAAGCCAAACUUCGAGAUGAACUAAACCAAGAAAGAAAGCUUGCAGCUCAGCUCGCAAAGAAGCAAAAAUCAGAGGAGCUUGCGAGAAUUCGCCAGGAAGAAAAGAGGAAAAAAAUGGCUAAGAAGGAAAGACUUGAACAAGAAAGAAAAGAAAUGGAAGCAUUGGAAAUUGCAAAGCGGCAGGCAGAGGCGAUGAAGCGACGAGAACACAAUCUCAAGCUACAAGAAAGUUUGAAUUACACGUUGUUAGCUACAGAUAUGUCAAGAUCAUUUACCUAUUCGUACUUACCUAAGUUGAAAACCCCUCAGACUGCCCAAGUUGAAAAAAAUGACAAAAAUAGAUUAAAGAAAGUAAAGGCUAGAUAUUUACAAGGAUUAUGAGAUAAUGUUGUCUCGUUCGCAAAGCCCGCAAUACAGCCUCCACCAACUGCAAAAAACGUUUCUUGAUAGAAGUCUCUGGGGACAAUAAUGAUGACAAAACUUCUUUAAAGAUUCAACCUUGGGCCAUGGUAACUCAGCCAUGAUAGUGUAUAUAGUUGAAAUGACUUGCAUACUGGCAUCCUAAAUUUCAAAACAAUAAGUCGCUUUACAUGUAUUGAUUCAGUAAACACAGUUGAAAAUGUAACAUAGAGCAUAUCUCAUGAAAUUAUAAUCUCUUAAUGAGAUUUUUACAAAAAACACAUGUAAUAGACAACAUGUCUUGACGUUUUGGAUAUGCUGAUGACAGGUUUCUUCAGAAUACAUAAUGAUGAAUGUGAAUAGACAAAUAAGGAAAUGCAUGGAGAAUAUCUUGUAAAAAGAUUUGUAUUUGAAUUAUGAAUCAAAUGCAUGAU